AUGAGCAGCGAGGCCGAAACCCAGCAGCGGCCCGCCGCACCCCCCCUCUUCCCUGCAGCACCCCCACCCUCAGCGCAGGCAGCGGUGCAGGGAACAAGGGGGGGGGGGGGCUCACAUCGGCAGCGCCCGCCGCCGGGAGGACAAGAAGGUCAUCACAACGAAGGUUUUGGGAACAGUAAAAUGGUUCAAUGUAAGGAACGGAUAUGGUUUCAUCAACAGGAAUGA